AUGGGGACUACUGAGUCAAUAUUUUGGGAAGACGAAGAUGGAACGGAAUCCGUAGAUCCACAAAGACAUUUUCCACAGUCUCAGCAAUCAUCGCUCAAGCAGCCAUCAUCACGUCCAUCUCCCAGCAAACCAUCCACAGGACCUCGCAAAGGAGGUCGGCACCCACCGCCACCUAUAAUACGAAUAAGAGGAUUGCUGUUGGGAGGUCCAAAAACUGGAAAGCAGACACUCCUGGCACGUCUACAAGGAAUUGAUCCAUACGGUCCUAAUCUAGAAUCGCACCAACCUACCAACCCUUCAGCACCACCCUCAGCACCACCUAUAAGGACAGCGUCGAUUCCAUACCAACCAACUGAUCAAAAAAAAUGUUGGGAUCGUAUUCUAUUGCAUGUUCAGACCACCCGAACGAUUGAGCCUGAACUACAUGGUGCAACCGAUUUUGCUAUCUUGUUGAUUCAUCCCCUUCAUAAGUUUGAGAAGACGAGAUCCUAUGUGUUGAGUGUGUUUGAGAAGACGAGAUCCUAUGUGUUGAGUGUGGUAGCCACGUUAUUGAGACAAGCGGGAUACAAACCAAAGCAGCAGCCACAAACAAAGACAGAGGAAUCCAAGAAUAAUGAACCGGAAGAAUCCAAGAAUAAUGAACCGGAUAACAAGGCACAAGCUGAAGAGCCCCAAAAUGAACCAUCCAAAGAUGAUGACGCUGAGAGGCGCCCAAUUUGCUUGUGUGUCCUAUUCAACUUUCGCGAUUUUGGACAACCGCAAGAACAAAGGGCAGAAAUACAAGACAAUAUUAAGAAACUGAUUCGUACUCUGAUUCAAGAUCAUUUCGAAGUCCCCGCUUCGAUGGUCGCUCUGCAGUUUGCAGAAACCUGUUUGAGGAAUUGCUACGGUCUCAACGUGCUUCAUCACUUUAUCUACAGAACCUAUCUCUUACGCAAAGAGAUUGAUUUGCAACGUCAACUGAAACAAGUUCAACAACAGGCAACCAAAACGGAAGAUCACCCAGUCAUGUCAUAUGAUGAAUUCGUCCAAGUGUUGGAAGAAGAAGAAAGACAAGAGGAACAAGAGCAAGCCGAACGGCUAGCACGACAAGAGCAAGCACCACUAGAACCGCAGACUGAUCUUGUAGCCGAAGCAGCACAGCUGAGGCAACAAAUGUUACUUCAACAACAGCAACUACAGCAGACGCAAACAAAACAGCAAUCCAGAUCAGCAUCAAGAAUGGAAACCAAAUCCAAAUCCAAACCAACACCACAUACUACACCACAAACAAAACAGCAACCCAAAGCAGGAGCAUCUGAUCUCACUCCUAUCCGUCGAAACGUAAUGUUUCAGAAAUUACCACCUCAAUUCCCAUCUGGUAUGGGCAAGGACGCUUUGGAAGCUUUCUUGGCCGACAGUAGUGACGAGGAAGAACCACAACGAGCACCCCAACAAAAAGUCAAAAAGCCAAAGUCCAAUGCAGUCUUUGAUUCUUCGGAUGAUGACGACGACGACGACGACGAUUUCUUUUACGACGAAAAAGGCAAUCGAAAGGUCAACCAUCCAUCACACCAUAUUCUUCGUGCCAAUCCGACAUCUACCAAAAGUACUACAGCUUCUGUUCCUCCCGCAGCAGCAGCAGCUUCUCGCAAAGAAAUCCCAUCUCCUCCGAAACCAAUUCCAUCCAAGCCUAUGGAACCGAAGAGUACCACACCAAUGGUGGACGAGAAGAAGGAAGGUGUGGAAGUUCCAAAGGAAAUGAAGUCGCCGAAAGCUCCCAAUGCCGCAGCACACGAUGACAACGACCAUGAUGGUUCCCAAGCGGAAAUAUCAUCACCAAAGGAAGUUUCAGCACAGGAAACAAAGCAGAACAAAGAAGAAAGCAGUCAUACCAGCGCAAACGAUGCUGAUGCGCCUGCUUCACCAGCUCCCAAUGUUACGUCAAAGGUAGCAGCAGAUGAUGAUGGCUGGAGUGACGACGACGAUGAUGAUUAUGUAAUUGAGACUACCCCCGUGCUCGACUCUGACGAGGAAGACGACGGAGAUACACCAAGGACUCCCGCACCGCAACAAGCUGGAAGGAGCGACAAGAUUCCAAAAGCCACUCCGGCGUCUCCAAUGCAAGAGGAAGAUGACGACAAUGAAGAGUCUUCCGACUUUGUCGUUGCCCAAGGCACCAGUGCUGUCAUUACAUCGGCCUCGGACGAUGAUAGUUGGGGAGAUGAUGAUGGCGACGGUGAUAAUGGCAGCUAUCAGCCCAUUUCCUCCACACCUGCGGCCCCAGCGGCACCUUCUCCUACGGGUGGUGGAUUGAGUGCUGCAGCCAUGGCCGCCAUUGCCGCCGCUCAAAGGGAGGCCGAAGCCAUGUUGCACCAACAAGCAGCCCCUUCCACUGUCAUACCAGAACGCAAGAAGAAAAAGAAGGACAAGUCCGAAAAGAAGGAGAAGAAGAAAAAGUCCAAGAAGAAAAAUAAAGAAUGA